CCGCGCAAUUGGCAGCCGGCGGUGGGAACUAAUCCAUAAUUAAUUAUAGACACAUUCGAAGGCUAAUGAUGGUGGUGGCAGCACUGGGAGGACUGUCGCGAGGACCCGCGGACUGAAGCGGUGUGGCUCUGUCCAUUAAAGUAAUUGGCAGAGAUUGCUCCACAAUGGAGGGCCUACAGUCUUUGCCUUGUCAACGUCCCAGGGGACGGCUGGGGCAAGUGUUUGCUUUCCCAGGCAAACACUUGGAAGAUUGGAGGCCAUUUCCACAGCACUGGGAGAACCAUGAGGCAAGUGCUGCUUCUGCUGAGGACGCUCCUUGUCAACGGAUUCGUGGCGCUGUUCGCCCUGCUCACCCGCGUGCUGCAGGCUGCCCUCAAUCUCUGGCACUCGCUGGCCCUCUAAUCGUCUAAUGCCCAUUCAAUGAAAGGAGACGCCGAAAUGUGCUCGAUAAGGGCUGCCCGCCUACCUGCCGGCCGACGUGUGAGUUUUCCACUUAACUCAAUAACCUUAACUUAACAAUCAAUACUACUUACCUUAUCGCCCUCGCACCUCGCAACUCGCACCCUGGCGUGGCAGCGGAAGGCAGAAGGCAGAAGGCGGGGGAACGCCGAUAAUAGAAGCGGAGGAACGCUAACGCGUUGCUUUAUCUGGAGACCCAACUAAUGCCAAUUGUCAAUGGCUGUUCGUUCGGGUCGGUUCGUCAAUGGGCGUCGCCGCCCGGCCCUGCUGCUGUUGCUGCUGCUGCUGGCGGUUUUCCUCCUUGGCAGCCUGCUGGCGCUGCACAAGCUUAACCAUUCGCCGCUGAUCCAUCAGUAUGACAUCCUGCAGGAGUACUUGGAGAGCAAUCCCCCGAAAGGCUCGCGAACGCGCUCCAUUCUGCUGUGGAGCAGCUUCUUCGGGGACUCGCGCUGGGGCCUGCCCGCAGACUCGCUGGGGCCGCAGGAGCUGCGCGAGGAACUGCACUGUCCCGUGUACCAGUGCGAGGUGACCAACAGCCACGACUUCCUGCCCAACCUGGAUAUGUACGACGCCAUUGUGUUUCACGUGGCCGAGUCGUUCCCCUUUCUGCGGCCGGUGCCCUCGCGGCGCAGUCCUCACCAGGCGUAUGUGUUUGCCCUGAUGGAGUCGGCGGGCGAGACCAAGCACAGGCUGAGCGACGAGGGGGGAUUCUACAACCUCACCAUGACCAAUCGCCUCGAUUCGGAUGUGGUGUGGCCCUACGGCCAGCUGCAGGACAUCGAAACGGGUGCUGUGGUGGCGCCAAGUGCCCAGGUCCACUGGCGUCAGCAGCCAACGAAGGGCGAAGGGAACGACACCAGCGCAUCAAGGCUGUGGCGGGGCAAGACCAAAAUGGCCGCCUGGUUUGUGUCCCACUGCAAGACGCUGUCCCGCCGCGAAAACCUAACUGCGGCGCUGCAGGAGCAUAUCGAGGUGGAUGUCUACGGCAAAUGCGGGCCCCUCAGCUGUACCCGCGGCGAUUCUCACUGCGAUGAGAUGCUGGACACCGACUACAUGUUCUAUCUGGCCUUUGAGAACUCGCUGUGCGAGGACUAUGUGACGGAGAAGCUCUAUGGUGUGCUGGAGCGCCACAUCAUACCCGUGGUGUUUGGCGGGGCCGACUACACGCGCUUCCUGCCACCACACUCCUACAUCGAUGCGAAUCGCUUCGACAGCGCCCUCGAGCUGGCGGAGCACAUGCGUUUCGUGGCCAACGAUAUGGAGGAGUACACUAGCUACUUCUGGUGGCGCGAGCAUUACCGCAUGGUCAACGUUUCCCCCUUCUGCGACCUGUGCGCCCGGCUGCACUCGUCCGCCCAGCGGCACAGGUCCCAGGUGUAUGGCGACAUCGAGUCCUGGUGGUUCAACAGCUGCCGACUCAAGACAAACAUUCAGUUCUGAGCUAGCGCACGAGAAGGAAAAGGACGGGUCGAGGCGACAAGCGUACGCGUAAGAGCGGGAUGGCAGACAUGCGACUAUUUGCAUGUGUUAUGGGAAAACCUUUUCCUUUGUUCCUGGCCACCUAACAUUCGUCAAUACUAUUUGUGUGUCAACGCUGGAAACCACUAAAGAGAGAUAAGAUAUGCGAGGAGGGGGCUUCGACUACGAUUUGACAUUAUCGCCGCCUAUUGCUGCACUGACUCAUUCACAACUACAAUCAAAACUACAACUACAACUAGAAUCCACCAAAAAGCGUCACAUUAUCGCCAUCAUAAGCCUCGAGGGGCGAUAAAGUCACCAACACAUAAAUAGACGGCACCUUUGUGUAAGUGUCAUUUAUAUCCAUCAUUAUUUACACCAACUUCCAACUGCACCCUUACCCUUACCGCAUUCAUAUUUUUUCCUAAUGAGCUGAACUUAGUCAAUAAGGAUAAUCUGUACAACAAAUCAAGUUGGUAGUUCUAGGGACAAUCUGCGGUGGCAUUUUGGAGCUAUUCUCUGAUAUUUUAGACAAGCUUAUAAUUAAAAUCCAUCAUGAGGGAGCAUA